AUGGCUGGCAGCUCUCUUGCCAUGAGCCUCAGCAUAGCUAACAACUUUAACUUUUUCAGCAGUCGUAUAACUUGCCCUGGCGUGCUGCUGAAAGACAAAAAUGAACUCUAUAUCGGUGCCUGUAUAUUUGGUCAAUACAAGAAGACUCAGCGUGUCCCUGCAGCAUUUCCACUCUUCUUAGAUGAGAAACUAGUAUUUGAAAAGGUAUUUACUGAUGUAGUUGAUCCUGGAGAACUUGUUGAACUACUUGAAUUUGACACAGCAGUACUUGAACUAAUACAACUUGUUCCUCCAGUGGGAGAAAUUCUAGCCACUUAUGAAGAAACUACAAGAGUUUUUCUGUUCCCUGACCCUAAGCUUACUCGUGGGCACCAUGGUUCAGAUCGUGAAGUUUUAAUGAAGAGGUCUGCUAGUUUUACAGGAAUUGCACCAAAAUUGAGAUUUUCUACCAGCUCCCUUAUUACAGAAAGCCUGUUAAGUUCAGGAAGGACUCAUGUACAGGAUAAUUUGGAUCGGGUGCAUCAUUCAACACCAAAUGGAAGAUUCCAAACAAGGUCACCAAAGAAAAACACCCCUUCACCUGAGAAAAACAGGAACUGCUUAGCAACAAAGAACUAUGAGCAGCCCACAAUAGCUUCUAAAUCACGAUCUCCAUCUCCAUACACAAAAAGACGAAUGUGUGAGCUAUCAGAAGAAGCCAGACAACGACUGGCCCAUUUAAACCUUGGGCCUUUUGAAUUCAGAAGAGAAACUGAUAAACCUCCAUUUGUAAUUAGACAUAUUGAAUAUCCGAGCUCCCCUGUUGAUGUUCAUACAUGGCAUCUCAACAGAGACAGGGGACGAGAAGCUAUGUCCAGGGUAUCUUACGAUCCUUCUCUUCUUGGCAGCUAUCGACCCAAGUACACUAAAAUCAUCAGGUCUCAUCAUGGGAAAGACUUAGAUGGUUCUUCUGACAGCUGUGAUGAUCACCCGACACUGGGUACUGCUAGUAGGCAAUUUCGUUCCACUGGCUCAUUAGUACGUUCAGCACCCUCCUCGUUGCAGAAAUAUCCCUCAAGUCCUGUACUAAACCGUUCUUCUCUUAGAGAAAGACAGAAUGGCGAAGAGAUCCAUAAACGAGUGAAAAACAUUUUAAGGACACACAGUGCUAGGCAAAUGCUAACAUUUGAUGAGAGUAACUCAUUGAAAGGAGACUCAAGUAAGACAAGAGAAGAUUCAUGUAAAGACUCCUUAUGUGGCAACGAACUACAGAGCAGUUCAUCGGCUCAGCAGAACACCACCGUUCACUUGGAUAAUGGUGAAUAUUGGUCCAACCAUGCAGCUGUGUAUAAAGGAAAACCCCACAGAGCUAUCUUUGAAGACAGCCUGGAGAAAAUAUAUAGAAACAUGUACAAAAAAGCCUCUGGCACCAUGUCAAAAAGAAAAAUACACUCCUGAUAACAAUACAACUAGACGUGUACAGGA